AUGUGUCAAGGUCGAUGCCUCUAUCAUGGUUCAGCUAGAGAUGUUGUGUCGUACUUUUCUUCACAUGGUUAUCAAUGUGAACCAUAUGAUAAUCCAGCUGACUUUGCACUCGAUGUUUUAAUAGAUGUUGGUCAAAAACCAGACAUUAUGAGAAAAUUAAAUAGCAUGUAUAAUACAACAUGGGAAAAUAAAUUGCCAGCGCUUCCACAACGAGGUGACUCGGCUGAUGUUGAAAAUUUGGACCAAAACUCGCGACAAUACCAAGUUAGAAAAGCUCGCUCAUUCGGUGUAGAGAUUUUCUAUCUUUCACAACGAACUAUACGUAAUACUAGACGAAAUCCAUCGCUACCAUUGUCGCAAAUUGGAGUUUGUAUUAUACUUGGUUUGCUAGUUGGAUUAUUGUUCUAUGAUUUGAAGAAAAUAAUAGAAUCUGGUGUUCAAAAUCGGCUUGGCGCAGUUUUUUUCAUCGUUCUCAGUCAAAUAUUCAUAAAUGUGACCGCACUCGAUACUCUUCUGAAACAGCGUGCUCUAUUCAUACAUGUAAGUUUUUUCAUACACGCAGCCAAAAAACUUUGAUGUCUUAUUAAGAUAUCUAGGAAUAUGCUAGUGGCUACUACAGAAUUAUUACAUACUUCCUGGCAAAAGUUGUAUGUGACCUGUUACCUAUGCGUGUCAUUCCAACAAUUGUUUUUUCCACAAUAUCCUAUUUUAUGAUGGGACUUAGUCGAACUGCGAGUCAAUUUUUUAUCUAUCUGGUCACAAUUUUCAUGAGUGGCUUGUUUGGAUCAACACUCUUCUUUUUGAUUUCGGCCACUGCCUCAGAAUUUCGUAAGAUCAAAAAUUAUCUUUUAUGCCUGAAUGUAAAUUGUUUCAUCAAGUAAAACCAUAUAAAAAAAUGAGGAUUGAAAUUCAGAGAGUAUUAUUUUUGCGACAAUAAGAACUUUCAUUCAUGAGAUUUCAUGUAUUUUUCUCAUUAUAGCUGUGGCCCUCAUUUUCUCUAUACUCAGUGCUGUGGUUAUGAUGCUCUUCAGUGGUUUUAUUCUUGAUUUAUCCACUGUGUUCAGCUGGCUCUCGUGGAUUCAGUGGAUUAGUGGAUGUCGAUACGGUUCAAAUCUGCUUAUUAUUAACGAAUUUCAAGGCCUCACUUUCUGCUUGCCCAAUAACACUCAGAUCUGUCCGAUGACCGGCGAGCAAGUAAUAGACGAUUUAGAUUUACCUCACGGUACUCCAUGGGAUCUGUGGAAAAACUUUCUUGCACUAGCAAUAAUGACAUUUAUAUUUUUAAUUUUAACUUAUAUUCAACUCAUCAGAAUUAAAAAAACAAAAUAAAACUAUACUAACUGGCAUAGUUUAUGGAAUGAGAAGCAAAAUUUUUACGAUAUCUAAGCAAAAAAAAUCUUUUGCGAAUAUCAUGCCUAGAAAAAACCAAGUUUUCUGUAGUGAUUCUUUUACAACAUUGUAUUAAAUAAAGACCUGAUAACAUCUUGAAUCAGAGAGAUCUAUGAAUCUUGAUAAGAUUCAAAACCAUGUGUAAAAAAUUAGACAAUGAUUUUUCUUGAUUUUCAUAUUAGUGAUGCCUCACAUAGCUACUCUCUUUUUUCUUCGUUAUUAUUCCAUUCUUGCUUUCUAUUUUGCUUGCCUCCCUAUCGUUAACACCGUUCUUAAAAAUAUAAGUAGUGUUGGUAGAUUCGACUUACUUGACCUCGAGCGUAAAAGUACAGAAUUACACUCUGCAUGUGGAUGUUAAAAGAAUCGAUCUACUAGAUUUAUCACAAUAAAUGACUCAAUUUUCGAUUACUUGAAUUGUAAAAGUCGAAGAAACUAAUCGGUCUCUUUAUAAAAUUGUUCAAGAUAAAUCUUGAUUCUCCGUCAUGGAUUGUAAAAAACAGUAAUUCUUCAUCCAAAUAUGCUGUAGCCAAUAAAUGUCGGCAGAAAAAUAUACAUGAUUCUGCCACAAACUAGUAACAUGAAGAAAUAAGCUGAUUUUAGUUGAUAAUAUAUGCUCAUACAGUAAUUAAGAAACUUGGUACUCAAAGUCUAAUGUUUUCGAGUAACAAGCCUCAUCCAUGGAAAUCCAGUCAUGAAACAACUGAUUCAGUUAAAAAUUAUCACAUAGAUUGAAUUGACUGAAUUUUCAGUUUGCAAAAUUGAAGUGGUUGAAAGUCCAAUAUUAAAAACAAGAGCAUCGAACACUUAGCCAACAUGUCUUUCUGACGUUUUACCUUUCAUUCUGACUAAAAUAGACAAAAACUUAUUUCAUUUCAUCAAACUCUUUCUGCACUUGAGGAAACAUUGUUUUCAUAAAAAGAACUAAUUCCAUUGAUCCAAAAAAUGAAAACAUCUGAUUGGCUCGAAUUUCAGUCUGAAAAAACUCAUUGCUCAGAAGACUCAAAUCGAAAACUUCUUCAAGCGGACAUUUUUUUGACUCUGACAGAAACCUAAAAACUCACUUUUUUCAUAUGAUCUUCACUAUAUUCGAAGAAAAGAUUCAAAAUCAAACAUUGACUCCCUAAAGUCAAUGAUUCUUAGAACAAUACCACGAGGACAAGUAUCGCUGUGCAUUUUCUCGUGUCCCCCACUUCAUUAUCUACUCUGUAAAAAAAAGGAGCUUUACCGAACCCCUCAAAAAGACUCUGUAGAUUUCUCAAAGCAUUCAAAUGUGUCCAAAGUCUCAAAAAAAGGAUAAACAAUUCGAUAGAACCUUUUGAAAGUUCUGCGGAGUACCCACUAGCAGAACCAUCUCUU